AUGGUCAAAACAACCACACGAGGAAUUUCUGAAUACGAUCUCAUCCAUUGUCCUCCCACGCACACCUUUCAUCCAACCACAAAGAAAGAACUUCGUCACUAUCAUACUUCUCUCGAAGAAUCUCAUUCUCCAAAAUAUCACUACGUGACACCUGGCAGUUUUGAGCAAAUUGAGGAACAUUCGAAUGCACCUCCGGAACAAAUUUCUAGAUUGAGAUUGGACAUGUUGAAGCAAGAAUUUGAGAAGGAUAGAGAGGAAGGAUUUCCAGGAUGGAAUUUAGAGGACACUUGGAUGAAUAAGAUUUAA